AUGCUCUUCGUGGUCCUCUCCGUCUUCAUCGGCUUGGCCAGCUGCCAAUUCGGCGGCCGUCAAGAGUACGGCCAAGGCUUCAGCGGCCUCGAUGGCCGUUACUUGUACGAACAACGAUUCCAAGGACCUUAUGGGUUAGUUAUUUUAACUUUCUUGAUCUUUGCGAAAGGAAAAAAAAACGUUUCAAUACUUUUAAUAGUUAAUAAAAAAAGAAAAUCAUGUCAAUAAGCCACCGAUUUUUCGCUCUCUCGAUAACCUGAAAGACCCUUUUCAGCAUAACCAAAUUCUUUUCCAGAGUGCAAGGCCCAGCGAUCGGACCUGGCGCCAGCUCGGUUAUGUCCUACGAAGCGAAGGGCCGUCUGAUGUGCGGCACGACGACUUUCGCACAGAAUGUCCGUGUCGUGAUGUGGGACCGCGUCAAGGGCCGCGAGAACAUCAUCUACGCCGAGGAACUGACCGACGUCGCCGGCGGAUUCUCCGUCAAGGCCGAAAGAAGUUCCUUCGAAGGAAACGGAAUCGCUCCUUUCCUCACCAUCUACCACGACUGCAACGACGAGGCCAAUGUUCGUCCCUUUUGAAAAAUCUAGAAUGAUAAAAAAUUCAUUUAAAAAAAGUGAAAUCAUCGUCAUUUCAUUCGCCAUAAAAUACGUCAUUUUCAGCCUGGACUCCGAAAGAUGACCGUCCAGCUGCCGCCCAACUACACAAAUCGAGGCACGAUCACUCUCAAGUCCUAUGAUAUCGGUGAGUCAUCACUUUUGAAAACUUCAAAAUUUUUCUAUCUGUAAUUAAAGACCUGCCUAUAAGGUUGAAAUGCUGAUAAUAGGGAUCAAAUAAAUAAGGAUUUAUUUUUUUCAUGUUUUUCAUGUUUUUUCAUGUUUAUAAAGAUAAGUAACUAGAAUAGCGAGAUUGAAUCUCUCAUUUGAAGGAACCUGGAAUCUCGAGACUUCGUUCGCCGGAGAGGAGAUUGAAGUGGUCGGCGACCGGGGCUCGAACCCCAUCGGCGGAAUCGGAGGCGGCGGUCGCGGCGACUUCGGCGGUCGUCCUCAUCGCCAUCAUCAUCGCGAAGACCGCGAAUACGAAGAUCGCGAUCGAAUCAUCAAUGUCUAA